AUGGAUCAUAUAGAAUUUGAAAAAGAUCUUAUUGCAAUAUUACUUGUUGUUGAAAGUAUUCAUGACAAAAAUAGACUUUUAUAUAAAUAUGAAGAAAUUAAAACAUAUAAACGAAUACAGGAACCAAUUGCUUUUUAUACUCCUUAUUCAAUUGUUAUUGCAAAAGACUUUGAUCCACCAAGUGUUAAAGAUGAUGAUGCAUCUCGAAGAACAUUUUUAAAUUUUGAUGAAACAACUCUUUCAAUCUUAACUAGUCCAUAUUCUUAUGGAAAUCAUGUUGAAGUACAAGUUGAUGAUGUUAUUUUUGUUGGUCAUACACAUGGUUUAGAAAAUAAUAAAAAUUUAAAAUCAUUUGCAAUAUUUUUUGCACUUCGAGCUAUCGCUAAAGCUUCUGUUAUAUUAUCUUAUCAAGAAAUGAGUAAACGUAUUGGUACAGCAAUACGCUGUGAAGAACAACGAGCAUCAUAUUUAAAUCAAGAAUAUGCAAAAUUAAUAGGUGUUAUUCAACAACAUGAUAUUGGAGUUGGAGCAAAUGAUUCAUUAAAUCGUGUACCAAAUGAAGAUAAUGUAAAAGAACCAGCAACAUUAAAACAAAUAUAUAUUGAUUUACAAGUAUCUGGUGAAAUAAAUAUAACGAUUAAUAAUUGGUUAAAUGUGUCUUAUUGUUUACCACAUCGAUCAGUUCCUAUAAAUUGUCCAUUAGACAUUGAUCACGUGGUUCAUGUUCUUUCAAAUGCUGAACAAUAUCUUAAACCAUAUUAUGGCUUAGUACUUGUAAUUGAUCCAUCAGCCUUGCUUGCAUCUUUACCAACGGAUAGUUCAUCAACAUUAAAUACACUUGUAAGACAUCUUCGUUCAUCAUAUUCACUUUCUCGUUUAUCAAUAGAAACCAGUAUACCACUUUCUCAAAUUUAUCGUCUCACAGCUCAUUUAAUUUUUUGGGGUCGAGCAAAAAUUAUCUAUCCAAUUCAUGAUGAUAAUAUUUAUAUUAUUUCACCUGAUGCAGACAUAUCCAAACAAGGAGUUCUAUCAAAAAUGUAUAAAGAAACAUUUCAAAAUACAUCUAAUUAUCCAAUAUUACAAGAAGCAUUAGCUGAAUAUUCAGAUGCAAUUACAUUUUAUGAUCAUAUAUCACGUAACGAUAAUGAAACCGAUUUGCGUGAACGUCUUCAAUGUGUUGAAUGA